AUGGAAGAGGAGCUGAAGUGUCCGGUGUGCGGCUCGCUCUUCCGCGAGCCCAUCAUCCUGCCCUGCUCGCACAAUGUCUGCCUGCCCUGUGCCCGCACCAUCGCCGUGCAGACCCCGGAGAACGAGCAGCACCUGCCUGCCCUGCUCCAGCCGCGGGGCUCCGCGCCGCCCGCGGCCGCCGCGGCCGCGCCGGGGCCAGGCUUGGGGCCGGGGCCGGCCGCCUCGCUGGACUCGGAGUGUGCGGCGGGCGGCGGCGUAGACCACGCGGACAAGCUGAGCUUGCACAGCGAAACUGACAGCGGCUACGGCUCCUACACCCCCAGCCUGAAGUCUCCCAACGGCGUGCGGGUGCUGCCGCUGGUGCCCGCACCCCCCGGGGCGACGGCGUCUCAGAGGGGCGCCGGCCCCGCCGGCUCGUCCCUCACCUGCCCGCAGUGCCACCGGAGCGCCUCCCUGGACCAGCGCGGCCUCCGCGGCUUCCAGCGCAACCGGCUGCUGGAGGCCAUCGUGCAGCGCUACCAGCAGGGCCGCGCCGCCGCCGCCGCCGCCAAGUGCCAGCUGUGCGACCGCAGCCCUCCCGAGCCGGCGGCUGUGCUGUGCGAGCAGUGCGACGUGCUGUACUGCGCCGCCUGCCAGCUCCGCUGCCACCCUGCCCGCGGACCCUUCGCCAAGCACCGUCUGGUACCGCCGCCCGGGACCCCGGGCCCACCCGGAGGGGGCGACGGCGGAGGGAAGGGGGCGGGCGGCGGGCGUAAACUGCCGACGUGCGCCGAGCACGACCUGGAGAACUACAGCAUGUACUGCGUGAGCUGCCGCAGCCCCGUGUGUUACCAGUGCCUGGAGGACGGCAGGCACGGCAAGCACGAGGUCAAGGCCCUGGGCGCCGUGUGGAAGCAGCACAAGGCACAACUGUCUCAGGCUUUAAAUGGUGUUUCAGAUAAAGCAAAGGAAGCUAAAGAAUUUUUGGUUCAGCUGAAAAAUUUAUUGCAGCAGAUACAGGAGAAUGGAUUGGAUUACGAAGCCUGUCUUGUUGCUCAGUGUGAUGCCUUGGUUGAUGCAUUAACACGACAAAAGGCCAAACUGCUCACAAAAGUGACCAAGGAACGUGAGCACAAACUAAAGGUUGUUUGGGACCAGAUAAACCACUGUACGCUGAAGCUACGUCAGUCAACAGGGCUUAUGGAGUACUGCCUAGAAGUUAUCAAAGAAAAUGAUCCCUCUGGGUUUUUACAGAUUUCAGAUGCUUUAAUCAAACGUGUCCAGGUAUCUCAGGAACAGUGGGUCAAAGGAGCCUUGGAGCCAAAAGUGUCUGCCGAGUUUGACCUGACGCUGGAUAGUGAACCCUUACUGCAAGCCAUUCAUCAGCUGGAUUUUAUCCAGAUGAAAUGUAGGGUGCCACCCGUCCCACUACUGCAACUGGAGAAGUGUUGCACCAGAAACAACAGUGUGACAUUGGCCUGGAGGAUGCCACCUUUGAGCCACAACCCAGUGGAGGGUUAUAUCCUGGAACUUGACGAUGGAGAUGGUGGCCAAUUUCGAGAAGUAUAUGUUGGCAAGGAGACUCUCUGCACUAUCGAUGGCCUUCAUUUCAACAGCACCUAUAAUGCAAGAGUCAAAGCUUUUAACUCAUCUGGAGUUGGUCCAUACAGCAAGACAGUUAUUUUACAGACAUCAGACGUGGCAUGGUUCACUUUCGACCCCUCCUCAGCUCACAGGGACAUUGUGCUGUCAAACGACAACCAGACCGCCACCUGCAGCAGUUACGAUGACCGCGUUGUCCUUGGCACGGCCGCCUUCUCCAAGGGUGUGCAUUACUGGGAACUGCACGUGGAUCGGUAUGACAACCAUCCUGAUCCAGCCUUUGGCAUUGCCAGGAUUAAUGUUGUCAAGGACAUGAUGCUAGGCAAGGAUGACAAGGCGUGGGCUAUGUACGUUGACAACAACCGCAGCUGGUUCAUGCACUGCAAUUCUCACACCAACCGGACAGAAGGAGGAGUUUCCAAAGGUGCCACUGUUGGUGUCCUCCUGGAUCUAAAUAAGCACAGCCUGACUUUCUACAUAAAUGGGCAGCAACAAGGGCCUCCAGCUUUUGAAAACAUAGAGGGUGUCUUCAUGCCUGCACUAAGCCUCAACCGAAACGUUCAGGUGACACUGCACACAGGACUGGAGGUUCCCCAAUGUGUAAAGCAGCCAAAGUUGCCCAGCAACUAA